GAGCCUGCGCCUCAAUCAGCUCAACAGGUGGCUGGCGAGUGGCUGGGGCCGGGGUGGACCGGACCUGCCAUGGACAAGCUGAAGAAGGUGCUGAGCGGGCAGGACGCCGAGGACCGGGGCGGUCUGUCCGAGGUUGCUGAGGCAACUUCCUUAAGUUCGGGUACCAGAAUAAAAGGCUUCAUUGCCUGUUUUGCUGCAGGAAUUCUCUGCUCACUGCUGGGAACUUUUCUGCUCUGGGUGCCCCAGAAGGGACUAUACCUCUUCGCAGUGUUUUAUACCUUUGGUAAUAUUGCAUCUAUUGGGAGCACUGUCUUCCUCAUGGGACCAAUGAAACAGCUGAAGCGAAUGUUUGAACCGACGCGUUUGAUUGCCACUAUCCUGGUGCUGUUGUGUUUUGCACUUACCCUGUGUUUUGCCUUUUUGCGGCACAAGGGACUUGCUCUUAUCUUCUGCAUUUUGCAGUCUCUGGCCCUGACGUGGUAUAGCCUUUCCUACAUACCAUUUGCAAGAGAUGCUGUGAAGAAGUGCUUUGCUGUGUGUCUUACAUAAGACAUGGCCAGCUUUGCAGACUUGGAAAGGCACGGUGGAUGGAAGCGGGUGGACCAUGUUGUAAAUAUCUUCUAAACCUCUGUCUCACAGACACGUGCCUUUGAUCUUGCAGCAAUGUGUUGCUUGCAUUCUGAACAUUUGAGGGUUGCUUUUGGAGGCAGUGGUGUGUUCCCAAACCUAAUGCCUGUAGCACCAUGUGAGAAGUGCGUUCUGUAUCUGCCGGAGUGGAAUCUUCCUCGGGCACCUAUGGAUGGGGUUCCACUGGGUUCUCAUAAAUAAAAACCUUGGUAGCAGCAGCA